AUGGUUGUUGAUCUAGACAAAUUUGUUAGGCCUGGACGAGAUUACUACCUAGCCUUGGGCCUUGAAGGCUCCGCAAACAAGCUCGGUGUGGGUGUCAUCAAGCAUGGCACGGGACAGCUAUCAGAAACCAACCGAGCUGAAGUUCUUUCCAACGUGAGAGACACAUAUAUCACCCCUCCUGGCGAAGGUUUCUUACCGAGGGAUACUGCCAGACAUCAUCGUAAUUGGGCCGUCCGUAUCAUCAAAAGGGCAUUAGCAGACGCUGGAACCUGUGGUGAUGACUUAGAUUGUAUAUGCUUCACCCAGGGCCCUGGAAUGGGAGCACCUUUACAGAGUGUCGUGAUUGCUGCAAGAACCCUAUCACAGCUUUGGAACAAACCUCUUGUUGGCGUCAAUCACUGUGUUGGCCAUAUCGAGAUGGGACGUGAAAUUACCGGUGCACAAAACCCCGUUGUACUUUACGUUUCUGGAGGUAAUACUCAAGUAAUUGCCUACUCCAAACAAAGAUAUCGUAUUUUUGGAGAAACGCUAGAUAUAGCUAUUGGUAAUUGCUUGGACCGUUUUGCUCGUACUCUUAGGAUUCCAAACGAACCUGCCCCCGGAUACAACAUUGAGCAGAUGGCCAAGAAAGGACGCCACUUAGUUCCUUUGCCAUACACAGUGAAGGGCAUGGACCUAUCAAUGUCAGGCAUUUUGGCUCAUAUCGAUGAGAUUGCCAAGGACUUGUUCAAGGGUACUGGUAAAAAGCUUACAGAUUCGGAAUCGGGCGAACCAAUCACCCCCGAGGAUUUGUGCUUUUCUCUUCAAGAAACAUUAUUCGCCAUGUUGGUUGAAAUUACAGAGAGGGCCAUGGCUCAUGUUCAAAGCAAUCAAGUGUUGAUUGUUGGAGGAGUUGGCUCAAAUGAACGUUUACAAGAGAUGAUGGCAUUAAUGGUAAAGGACAGAAAGAAUGGUUCUGUUCACGCCACUGACGAAAGAUUUUGCAUUGAUAACGGUAUAAUGAUAGCACAUGCCGGUUUGCUUGGUUACAGAAUGGGCCAGGUAAAUGAACUUAAGAAUACGGUCUGCACUCAAAGAUUCAGGACAGACGAAGUAUUCGUUGAGUGGAGAGACGACUAA